CUUUUACUAUACAUACUAAAGAUCAAUCCGAUACUCACCAACUGUAUAAAAAGGUUUGUAUUCAGGACUAUAAUCUUUUAGAUUCUGCUGGACCAGCUAAAUUCCUCCUUGGGCCUCUUAGGUCCACAUCUCCCUUUUAUGCUUGAACCGUCGCUCGAAAUCUAUCUUACAGCUUCCUAUAUAGGAUACAAGAACCAGCUUAUGGUAUUGGUGCCUACCUUGAAUUAAUAUCGUGCACCUCUUUUUACUUAUCGUCCAGCCCACGCGUACUAAUUUAUCCAACGUGCAUGGCUGUGAUGAAGACAUGAUGGAACCAUAUUCAUUUGAAAACCCUGAACUAUUUGAAGGCUAUGGAUCAUCUGAAGGCUCUGUACCGAAAGAAAAAGACAUCUUUGAAACCGACCCGGCAACAUGUUGCGACUGUGGAGAAACAGAUAAAUUUGAACAUACGGGCGACCCGGAUGAAGCCAUGUGCAAAAAUUGCGCGCACAUAAUCUGCUCUAAUUGUGAUCAUAAGGGCGGUGGUGGUAGCAGUGGUUUCAGAAGUUCACAUCCUACUCCUACAAUCUUUCACGGGGUGGGUAACCCUCCACAGUCGCCAACAAAUGUUCAGGAAAAGCAUGAUAAGGAAAUACCAGAGCUUGUCAACAUUCCUGUCACCGAAGACUUGUGGGAGGGCAGAGGAGUAAAGAAACACAGCCCUCAAAGGACUCAGCCCAAUUUAAUGUCUAGUCAUGCCGAUGAAGAUUCGAAUCAGCUGGAUCUUGAAUUUUCCGGUGAAUCGUCUUGCAACGACUCGAUUUUCUCGGAGCCUGUUUCCAUUCCCAGUACUCAAACUUCCCAGACCGGAGAAAUGAACACUCUACUCGUACAAGAAUUCGCGGCUCUAUUUCGUCGAGAUGAGCUAAUAAUGCUUGAUAUUCCGAUAGCUAUAUCUAAAGAGGACGUCGGGUUUGAAAAAACGCGAGAUAGGUUUCGAAAACUCCUUAAACGUUACGCUUUGGAUCUCAAGGUAGAGGCUCGCAGUAAGAACCAUCGAGAAGUUGUAAAAUUUGUCAGCUCAUUGUCAUCUAAUAUCACCCGCGAGCUCUUCGCACAAUUUUCUGUGGGCAGCCAAAUUCAAAUCCCUGAUGCCCUUCAAAGGAACCCAGAUCGUCGAGAGAAGGUCAAUGAAUUCCUCCGGAAUCUCCACGGUGAUUUCGAGCCUAUUGAGUCCCACGAUGAUAGCGAUCAAGACUCUUUAGAUGAGGACGACGACGAAGAAGAGCUGUAUGAUGGUUUUCUACCACACCUUGACCAAUUGGGACAAUUCAUUACCGGUAGCAUUGCUUAUAAGGUUUUGCGUCGACGGCUUCAUGAAUUCGUCCAUCCUAGCCUAAGAUCAAGACUUCGACACCUAUUGGAAAUGUGGUCAAGGAACGAUCACAAGUAUCACGCUUAUGUGGCUCCUUAUCGACUUUUAGACCUGGCGGCAGAGCUACAAUACAUCAAUCCCCAUGAAAUCCGAUUCGAAACUGGUGAGAAACCAAAAUACAUGCCUCAGAUUAUCGGCCAUUGUCAAAGCACAAUAGAAAAUUGGACAGGAGAGCAUUGGGACUGGUCUCCAUUGCCUCGUUUCGCGAGACCCCUUAAAGAUGGGGAAGCAAGAAUAUGUUGGGAAUGCACCUGCGGUGAGAAAAGGCAUGUAGAAGUUCCAUUGGUUUUUUUUAAACGCCUACAGUCGAUUAUUCGCAGUCUUCCUCGAACGACACAGCUCCCCCUCACCCAAAUUCAUGGAGGAUCAAGUGGAUUAGCUAGCACAAGCAAUAAUCAAAGCCAAGCAACGCCCCCUCAACAGAAUCAAGGACAUCAGCAGUCAGCUCGUUCACAUUCGACCAAUGCGGCCCAGUCAGGGGCACAGCUCCAAGCCGCCUUGUCCAAUACGAACACCCUAAGUUAUCGCGUCAUUUUAACCGUAAAAAGGGGUAUAGAAUAUAAGAUUGCACAAAUUGGUGUUAUCAAUGGUCUUUGCUGUCAAGAAUUUUUCAGCGCGUUAAAGAAAGAUUAUUUCCGUCUUCGAGGAUUUAUCAGGGCAUGGUUCAGUAUCUGGAGAUACUCUCACUGCGAUUUCUACAGGUGUGAGAAAUUUGAUGACCACCAGUUCGUCCCAAUAAAGAAAAAUGCGUUUCCCGAAGUUAUGAACACGGAUUAUGAAUAUCGACCAAGACCGAUGGACUUAAUUCCGCCUAUAAGCGAGCACGAAUUUGCAACACGCUUUUAUGCAUGUCACAAGUCGCAGUCUCGAUACCAUUGGUAUCACAAGUGCAAAGCACUGGGACUUCACUCUACUGACAUCCUCGAUUUCUUCCCGAAGAAAAUGACAGAAUUGGAGGAGGCAGGAAACAAAAGAGAAGUUUUCUGGGGGAUUUAUGCACGUGAAAUGAUCAGCCUCCGUUGGGUGAUAGCUUAUCAUGUCGUUUGUGCUUUGCCGCCACUUGUCUUUUUUGGCAUCCGGAUUCUUCCUGCCGGAUAUGCAACUGACUUACAGAACCCGUCAGUUCCAUUGACGAUGAUGUUCGGGAUGCUAUCCUUAUUUUGGUCUAUUUACAUAGGCAGUUUGCAAACUUUCAAAACUGCCAGUUAGAACAGUGUAUUCUACACACUGAGCUAGUGGAGCUAGUGGAGUUAAAACUAGUAGAAUUCGGGGAACCUUGGAAGCAGGUGUGCUAAACAGGGUAAGGUCCAUUCCAUAAUUAUUUGAAUAUAAGGCAUUAGCCACUGUAAUACAGUGGCUUGAGUGUUAUAAUUGUAGAAGGUAAAGAUCACAAAAGAGUGUCCUAGCGCGCUGAAUACAGGGGAUCUGAAAAUGGUGUUCCCUCCAGGGCUGUGCCACAUGCGACCCCGUAAAAUGUGCUGCCCUAGGCCCGCGGUCGUUGAAUCUGAUCAUUUUUAAAGGCGUCCUUUUUAAAAAAAAAAAAAAAAAAAAAAAAAAAAAAAAA